AUGCUGGAAGCUGUUCGAAAGGCACGCUUCAAGAAUACUGUCAUCGAGUACGAUCUUUUUCGGGCCAUUCUUCUGGACGACAUCUACAUAGAAGAGCCUAUAGAGGAAAAGAAUGCAGAAGAAAAAGGACGACAGCCAGAAAAUGAAGUGCAAGAUGAGGAACCACAUACCAGGAACGUUCCGCUUUAUGCUGAACUUCUUGAUAUUGAAAUCGACGAAGAUGUCUCCAUUCAUGAGCUCUAUCUAGUUAAUAAUACAGACCCAUCUGUGACGGAAACUCAUCUCGUAAUUAUCCAUGGGUAUAUGGCAGCCUUGGGGUAUUUUGUCAAGAAUGUCGAACCGUUGCUCAAAUCUCAACCAGGGCUUCGUCUACACGUCAUCGACUUGCCUGGCUUUGGAAAUUCCUCUAGACCUACUUUCCCUAAAGAGUUCUUGACAGAGCCAAAAACUAAAGCAGAAAAGAUUAAACAGAUUGUAGAUAUCGAAAACUGGUUUAUUGAUAAACUAGAGUGCUGGAGAAAGAAACGUGGAAUCAAAAAAUUCAAACUAGUGGGCCAUUCCAUGGGUGCGUACUUGUCCUGCUGCUACUUGAUGAAAUAUAAUAAGGCACUGGAUAAAGUAGUAGACGAAUUUAUAGCUGUCAGUCCUAUGGGCACGGAGUCAAGUUAUAAUAGUUUGCUUAAUAACAAAAAGCACCAGAAGAAUUAUCAUGGAGACGAAAUCGAUCCUUUCAGAGAAAUUGUCGAUUUUGACGAAGAAGAUGUAGUGACAGAUGAACUUAGGUCACUUUGGGAGAGCUUGGGACAGCCUAAGUUUCCCAAAAAUUACAUUCUCGAGAAGAUAUGGAAAUACAACAAAUCACCGUUCCAAAUUCUCCAAAAUUUCGGACCCUUCUACUCAAAAAUAUUAUCCUAUUGGUCCUAUAAACGAUUUAGAAACCUUAAGACUAAUGAGGAUGAGGCUUCUAAUUCUUCCCUAGACUUAAUUCUUAAACUUCACAGUUAUUCAUAUUCCAUUUUCAACCAAUACCAGGGCUCAGGAGAAAUAGCCAUUACCAAAUUCAUUAACCAUGAGAUCUUGGCUCGUUUACCUCUCUGUGAUCGUGGUCUAGUCGAGUAUUUGAACGAAACAUUAGUUAAAAGUUUAUGGGUAUAUGGCGACAAGGAUUGGAUGAACCAAAAGGGUGGGUUAUAUAUUCAUGAUAAACUAAAGGAAAUAAACCCAGAGAUUUCAGACUUUAAAAUUAUCGAAGAUGCGGGGCAUCACAUUUACUUGGAUAAUCCUGAAAGUUUUAACAAGACGUGUAUAGAUUUUUUUCACUUGUGUGCUUAA